CGCAAAGCAAACCGAAUAACACCGUCCACGUGUCGUCCUCGGACCGAAUCAGCGACCGCGCCUCGCCUUUCGAAACACCUCCGCGACACACCGGAACACGCCACCACCCCCAGUACCCAUUUGCGCGGGAAACGGGCCCUUCUCCCCGCACGCUUCUUUCCGAACCCUCGCCCCCUCUUCCUCUCUUCUGAUCACUCCCUCUACCCCCUUCGCAAAACCCUAAACCCCUUCCAAUGCCAUUGCUGAGGUCGCAAAAGCUCGCCCCCAAACCAUUGGACCCUCCGCCGCCGCCCUCGGCCCCGCCGAUCGAUCCCUCCACCCCGGCGAGAUCCGAUGCGUCUACGAUCUCUCCGUCUCUCUCCCCGGCUUCGUCUGUCGCGCUAGGGUUAGGGUUCGACUCCUCCGGAGGAGCCGCGCCGCCUCCACUGCGGCGGAGCCUCCGCCUCGCCUCGGCGCCGAACUCCACUCCGGCUCGACCUCUUGCCAUGGAUUCCGCCAGGGGAAAGAGGAAGGCACGAUCUAGGCUUUCUAGUUUUCCUGCGGAGGAGAAGGGUGGUGAGAUGGGGGAGAACGGGGUAGGGCCAAAACCUAGGGUUUCGGAGGGAGGUGCGAUGGAGGGGAGGAUCAUGAACCUUCGGUCUGGUGGUCGGAUUGUGCGGAGAAGGAUGGAAAUGAAUGGCGCCGAGGUUGGUCACGGCGCGGAAAACGAGGAUCGGAUGGUUCUCGAAGCUAGCAGGAACCGCGAGUUGGUGGUUGAAAUAGGCAGAGGAACUCAGCAGGAUAAAAAGGCGGAAGAGGGAAAGGGGCCUAGUAUCGAAGAGAAAGAAACUGUCGAAUUUGUCGCGGAAGAAGAUGAGGAAGAUUUGCAGAAUGGAGACAGAUCGGUGAAGCGACAAAAGCUCGGAAGAUCGAAAGCAGUAGAAGUGCUCAGAGGAGAAGCAGAUGAGAGUAAAGUCACCAAGCUUGAUUCAAAUGUUGCUAUCCCAGAGCUCGAAAAAGGUGGCAAUGAGGAGAUAGACUCAAAAAAAUUAGUUGUCCCGAAUUCUAAUCACAAUAUAGAGGAUUUGCCAGUUAGGUCUUCUAAUUCUAUGGAAGAUGCCAACAAGGAAUCAGUGGUGAGAUACAUGACCCUAAGGUCAGGUUCCAGGAUUGCCGAUAGAAGUACCAAAGUGGAUCAUGUUAAUUUGGAUGAGGUUCACAAGGAUGGCACGCAAGUACAUGCAAAGAGGAGAUAUAGCUGUGAAGAGAAGGGGAAAGGUAGGCUGAUAUUGGAUGAUGAGCAUUUAGAAAUAUAUUCUGGUAAAGAGACAGUUGUUCAACAAUUUAAUGGAGGCGUUAUUAAUAGCGAACCUAAUGAUAGUGGUGGAGCAGGUGUUCCUGGGAAGGGAAAGAUCAGUGCUGAAGAGAAGGGGAAAGAGAAAAUGGUUAUAGAGGAGGAUUGGGCUGAAAUUGACGGUAUUAUGGGAAAUUCACAGAUGAGGGCUGGAUCAGUUCGGCUUAGAGAGCCUGAGACGGUGAAAGGACUAAUUGAGUAUCGGAGAGAAGCAGAAAGGAUCAAAGCGAUCGAGUUGGCUCCCAAGUUUGCCUUCUUUAAAUCUGAAGAAGAUAACCAGAAUGAUGAGGAGGAUUCGGAUGAGUUAGAACCAGAAGCAGGCCCUCAGGAUUGGCCAGGCCCUUUUUCAACUGCUGUUAAGAUAAUUGAGGAGCGAGAAGCUAGGCUAAGAGCUCGUGAAUCAAAUUCUUCAUCAAAGACGGAGAAAUCUACCAAUCUGAGGAUUUCAUGGGCACCUUCGAAGGAGACGAUAUCUGACCAUUUUGUUCGGCCCGCUCCAUCACUCAAGGACUUGUCGUUGAAAGUACUGUUGGAUAAUGCUGAAGAAAUUGAAUCACUGGAAGGUGUUCCAGACAUGCUCAAGCAUUGGCUCAUACUGAUGCUUUGCAGGUCAAGGAAGAUGAAUUCUCGUCUUCUUGCUCACAUCCUUAGUGGGAGUCCGACAGAAAUAUAUGUAAGUGAUUGUUCGUGGAUAGCAGAGGACGAGUUUGAGGGGAUUUUUGGCAAAUGCGAUACUACGAACUUGAAGGCGGUACAGCUUGAUCUGUGUGGACGAUGUUUGCCAGAUUACAUAUUGCGUGCUACCUUGUCCCGGUCUCCUUGCAGUUUGCCAUCGUUAACCAUGAUGUCUUUGAAGGGUGCAUAUCGUCUAUCUGAUGAUGGGCUAGAUGCAAUAGUGUCUUCAGCACCUUCGCUAAGUUCGCUAAAUUUGUCCCAAUGCUCUCUGCUCACGUCAACUGGAAUCAUUAAUCUGGCCGAGAAGUUGCAUUCAGUACUGAGAGUACUUAAUAUUGAUGACUGCCAAAAUAUCAAUGCUAUGCUGAUUCUUCCAUCACUGAAGAAGCUUAAGCAUCUGGAGGCUUUGUCAAUGGCUGGCAUUCCAUCGGUCUGUGACAAGUUCAUUCGGGAGCUGAUUCCUGAAUGUGGUUCGAACAUGAGGGAGCUUUGCUUUGCCAGUUGCCUGAAAUUGACUGCCUCAUCAAUUAAAACAAUUGGGGAAAAGUGCCCUGGAUUAUCUGCUAUUGACCUUCGAAACUUGAAUCGGCUGAAUGAUUCUGUAUUAGGACAUCUUGCCAAUGGUUGUAGAUUGAUUCAAAAACUUAACAUUCGCCGUAAUGCAUUCAGUGAUCAAGCAAUUGCUGCAUUUCUGGAAGCAUCUGGAGGUUCCCUGACUGAACUUUCUCUAAACAAUGUUGAAAAGGUUGGGCAUCACACUGCCUUAGCUAUUUCGCGCCGAUGUUCCAACCAUUUACAAUGUCUCGAUCUUUCCUUUUGUCGCAAGAUGACUGAUGAAGCUUUGGGUUUAAUCGUCGACAGUUGCCUAUCAUUGAGGAUUCUCAAAAUAUUUGGAUGCACCCAGAUAACAAAUGUAUUCCUGGACGGCCACUCAAACCCUCUUGUCAAAAUCAUUGGGCUGAACGGGCAGAUAUUGGAUCAUAUCAAUAUUCCCGAGUUCUUGUAAGGCACUGUAUUUCUUUCCCUUUUUGCACUUUCAUACCUCAUUUCUUGGUUCCGAGAAGUUUGAAGAAUUUUCGAAAAAGAAUCUCACCUUUUUCUCUAAUACUCAGAAGACAAUUUGCCUUUGUGAAAUCUUAAAGAUGUCUGAAUAGACAACUACAUGAAACGAAUGGUGUCUUUCAGAAAAGAAUGGAGAAAUGUAUACACAGAAACCAUAUGUUAGUGGAUACUCUUUUGUAUCGCUAACGCUUUUUGAACGAAAUAGAUGAUUCUGACAUCGCAUGGUUAUUACCAAUUAGGGUUAAAAACUUCAUGGUGGGUUUGUGGAUUACACUACAGAAUGUUUUGUUUCUUUAUAGCGUAGUUGUUUGUGUACUACAAUUGUCAAUAAAUUUUGUAUUUCAUCCCGCCCGCACAGGCCAGAGAAAGUUGCAGGACACGAGAAAGCUGUUUAUUAACGACAGUAUUGUUUUUAACUGCUAAAUGAUUUUCACUUGAACUUCUUCCAA